AAAAUGGCGAACGAAUUAACAGAAGAAACAGACCACUUCUUGGCUGAUUUUUUGUCCUGGUGUGAACGAAACGACCUUAAAUUAAGUGAAAAGGUGAAGGUUGCACUGAAAGGGUCAUGUCAUCGUUAUGGCAUGAUAGCUGUGGAAGAUAUUGAUGAGGGAGAGUGCUUGUUUCAAAUUCCACGGUCACUUGUUUUGCAGCCGAAAACUUCAUCCAUCUCCAAGAUUUUUGAAAAGCUUUUUGAAGAGGACGAAUUUAAAUCAGAAAGAGGGUCUGCCUGGGCUCCUCUUCUCCUGACACUCAUGUAUGAGUACACUAAUCCAACAUCUCACUGGAAACCAUAUUUAAACCUGGUGCCCGAUGUGACAGUCCUGGACCAACCCAUGUUUUGGGAGGUAGAAGAGAGAAAAAGAGAACUGCAAGGGACUGGGAUUGAGGAGGAUGUUGAAAAUGAUGUGCAGGGCAUUGAGGAGGAAUACAAUACCACAGCUUUGCCUUUUAUUAAGAAGUAUCCACAGUAUUUCAGCGAGUCCUGUCAUACUCUUUCUCUGUAUAAACAUAUGGCAGCAUUUGUCAUGGCCUACAGUUUCAGUGAACAAAAGUCGAGCCCUGAUGAUGAUGAUGACGAUGGUGAUGAUGAUGAUGACGAUGGUGAUGAUGAUGAUGAUGACGAUGAUGAUGAGGAGGAUAAUAACGCAGCUCCUGCCAUGGUUCCAAUGGCAGACAUACUUAAUCAUAUAAGCAACAAUAAUGCUCACUUGGAGUUUGGUUCUGAAACCUUGACAAUGGUGGCAACAGAAGAUAUUCUAAAGGGACAGGAAAUUUUUAAUACUUAUGGUAAGCUUGCCAACUGUCACCUGUUGCAGUCCUAUGGAUUUGUGGAGGAAGAAUUACCAAAUCCAUAUGACAUGGUAGAGAUACCCAUCAGUGCAUUUAUUGGGGCAAUGAAGGACAGUCAAUCUCAACAGGAGAAAGGAAUCUUUCACUCUAAGCUUGAGUUCAUGGAAGAAACAGGUGUGGCUACCAAGGAUGACUUGUUCCUCUUUGGACGAGAGGGUUGUUCACACUUUGGUCCAGAUUUGUACGCCACACUGAGAAUCCUUCAUUUGACUGAAGAGAAGUUCAAACAGCUAUUAGAAGAACAAGUCAAGCAUGAGAGAAGUGAAGAAUUUGACGAUAUUGGACAUGUCCUGGAUCAAAUUGAUGAUGAAACUAAAAAGGAUACAUGCUGGAGAUUCUUGGAGCUUGUUUUUAAAGCAGAAUGUAAGAAAGGGAGAAAGAAAAGGAAAAUAGAUGAAAAGAACUCACAAAUGAAACAGAAGAAAUUUAAAAUAACUGGCUAUGGAAAUGCAGAAUCCAUGGAGAGUGUGGUAAUCAGCACUAAAGAUUGUUGUAACUUAAACAUACAAACUGAUGAUGGUAGUUUAGAAAGAAACAAAAUUGAAAGUCAAAAUGGAUUAAAUAAAAGGUCCAAAUGUGACACUUUUAUUGAUGUGAAGAGUACUUCAGACCCUGGAAAAUGUAUUGUUGAGAGAGAUGAAGCUUCAGACUUGGAAUGUAUAGGAAAAGAGAAGAUCUUAAGUGGUGAGGAUUGCAAGGCUAGUGGCAGCAGUGAUAUCAGUGGGGAUCGUGUUAAUGAUGAAAAUCAUACUGAUGAGGACAAUUGUAGCAGAAAUUGUGAUGACAAUGGAAAUGAUGACGAUGAUGAUGAUGAUGAUGAUGAUGAUGAUGAU